AUGAUGUCGGGGACAGCCGCGAUGGCGAGCACGGUGAUAGGGCGAGCCGCGGUGUGUGCCGGGAACGACAGCGUCGACAGCGACGACGAUCACGACGAUCACACCUCUGGUGUGGCAGGAUCUUCUGCCGCGGCGCUGCUUGCCGGCUCGUCGAAGGGUUGGUACGGUCGACGCUUCUUUUGUGUGUGUUUGUUACACGAUGCCGUCUUGCCGAUCAGUAAAGUGGCCGAUGUGAGAGCGGCGCGUUGA